AAUAUUUAAAAUUUUAUUAAAUUAGAUUAUUUGAUAAUUUUAAAAUAAAAAAAAAAGUUACAAAUGGAGUUGGGUGUUAAAAAUACAUUACACAUAGGCUAAAGGGUAAAAAUAAACAUUUUAAUUAAAAAAGAAGAAGUGGCAAAUGAAAUCGUUUUAGUUGCGAAUGCUGUUUUAAUAACUUUCCAUCCUAGUAUGUGGGAACCACAAGCUUAAUGGUGUCUAUAAAUUAACCCUUCUUUAUAACUUUACUAUCAAUCUUAAGAAAAACACACACAGAAAAUGAAAGGUUCAUCUUCAUCUUCACGCCACGUACUGGCAAUCCUUCUCAUUAUCCUUCAAUUCACGCCCUCCAUAGCCAAAACCUUCUCCCACAAACCAUACCACACCAAAAGAAACACCGAAUACGUCAGAUCUUCAUGCACCACCACUACCUACCCCAGAUUAUGUUACCGCUCCCUCUCCAUCUACGCCUCCAAAAUCAACACCAGCCCCCGACUGAUUGCCCACACCGCCCUCCUCGUCACCUUCAGAGCCAGCAAAUCCACGUCCAGGCUCAUGCGAAAAAUCGCCAGAACCCAUCGUUUGAAACCUCGGGUCGCUGCCGCCAUGGCGGAUUGCAUCGAAGUGAUCGACGACUCUAUCGACGAGCUCCAAAAAUCUAUAGGUGAAAUUGCUCGUAUCAGACGCUCCAACUUUGUGCUUAUUAUGAGUGAUCUUCAAACCUGGGUUAGUGCUGCACUGACAGAUGAAGAUACUUGCACGGAUGGAUUCUCAGGCAGGGCUAUGAAUGGGUAUGCGAAGAUGAUGGUGAGGAAACGAAUCGUUAAGAUCGCACAUUUGACGAGCAAUGCUUUGGCUCUCAUCAAUAACUAUGCUUCAUCUCAGAUCCUUGAUUGAUUUUCUCGAGAAAAUUUCGAUGGCAAUGAAAGCACUGUGUGUCAUGGAUCAAUCUGGGAUUUGUAUGGUUUUCGAACAGGGCAUGAGUUUUUAAGAUACUGCAGAGUCUGUUCUCAACUCUAUGUUUAUGGUUCUUGAUUUUUGUAAUUGUAUCAAUUUGAAAAUGAAAUUUCAGUGUGGGAUUGCUGUCGAA